UUGUUUUUUUUUUUUUUUUUCAAUUAAACCAAUAAUCCUGGCAGUGACAAAAUAUCAUUUUCAACGAAAUUUUCUUAACAAAGAAAAUCCAUUGGAUAUACGACUUCCAUACGGCAAUCGUUGUUUAUGCUCGUAUGCAAAAUCGUAAAUUUUCCACUCAUUGUCAAUAAAUUAUUCAUUGCCGGGAUGUACAUUUAUACAUAUAUACAUAUAUGUAUAAGUUCAUACCUGCAGACAUGCAUAUGUAUGUACAUACGUAAAAUAUACACAAGUGUAUACAUAUUACGAACGUCUUAUCGAGAAAUUGGAAUUCGUAUUUAAUCGACAAUAACGAUCGUAAAUGUGAAUUCUUACUUCUUUGAUAGACUAUCGACGCAGUAAGAGUUAUUCGAAAUUCUGUUAUUUUUCGACGAUAUAAAAGAAAAGAGAAAAAAAGACUGUGCAUUUAUCGUUAACAUUGAUCUUUGAAAUAGAAGAAUCUUUUUCGUCAGAAAGAGAAAAAGAGAGAAAUAGAUCAUCGUAUUUUGGAAGCACCGUAUAAGUGGCUCGAAAGAAAGUGGUAAUUUAAAGGAGAGUGAGAGUUUUAGUUCAUUCUCGAGGUCAGUCUCUUCUUCCUUGUCUUCUCGUUCGCAUACUCGACAGAAUAUAUACUUACUUCGAACUUACUCUCGCGAAGCUAUUUAUGUUUUUUUUCCUUCUUCUUCUUAACGAAGAAAAAUCAAUAUGGUUUUUGACGCGAGCACGAUACGGCUAGUAAUACUCUUAGGUGUGACUUUAUAUCUACAUGCCGGAGACUAUAGUACCGUUAUACCUUCGAUAUUUGCCAAAAACGUGGAGAAGAAUGAUACAAAUCCUAAUCAAGGACCAAUUGGUCCACCCAUAAAAGGAUCUAAAGAAAUAUUAACAAUUGACUCUACAACGAAAAAAGAAAGCGAGAAAGACAAUGGGAUCACACGACGAGCCAAAAUGAUGACAACAAUCAAGACGGCCUGCCUGCCAAAACUUAUUUGCGAAUUGACGUCUUCCGUUCACCAGGAUCAACUGAGCGAGAUGGAACGUUCGCUGUUGACUUUGAUCCGGGACACAAGUUUGAGUACGAUCGCGGAAGUGCCCUCGAGGUAUCAUUUCGCUGCGCACAUGGGUCAAUUAAUUUCCGGCGUGGAAGGACAAGGCUGCCAUAAUUUUUAUCCUACUUGUCCUCUACCAAGUGUCAGUGUACUUAACAUGAUGAAGAAAGUUAGACUACAAUGAAAAAAAUCAACAGCUUGAUAUACUUUUUUAAUCGAUGCUAUCCGAAGAAUCUCGUGUUGCUGUGAAAGUUUUUUACACUUACGACUGUAUCUGUGAUAUUCUUACGAUGAGUUGGGAGAAUGUAAACGACGUACGAACGAAUGUUACUUUUUUUUUCUUUUUUUCUUUUUCUUUUGUUUUUGUGUAAGAUAAGAUAUUAAUGAAAUUACACGUGUAAUUACGAGACAAGUGAUCGAUGAUGUUUCGAAAAUUUCUUAGAUUUUAAUGUAAUCGAAGAACUACUGAUACACAUUAUACGAUAUUAUCAUUGUAAUAUUUUUAUCGUGUAAAACUACGAAUAUUGUUAUCAACUUGAUCGUCGAUGUUACACGAGUUUCGUUCCUGUAAAUUAUUUUCGUCAAAAUAUUUUUAUUUCUUUAAUAAGUACUUACGAGACAACCGUAACGAAGAUCACGAUAGCAUACUCGAUAAGAAUAAAUAAAAAUCAAAUACGAUCGUAAGAAAUACUUUGUUCUCGUAAUACUCGAAAAAUUUUUAAUUCGUAUAUCAAUUUCGGAGAACUGUAAUAAGUACAUGAGUACUUAUUGUUAACUUAUCGUAUAAUAUUUAAGCGAAGCGUAUAAUAUCUACGAGACCAGCCAAAGAUGAGAUCGAUGUAAUAGAUCUUCUCUUCCGCUUUACAGGUUCAUUCAUCCCUCUUACACCCUCGUCUCUUCUACAGUUCAAUCAUCCCUGUUAGUCGUACUCCGGCAAUUAUUGCGAUCAUACUCGAAAGAUAAUUCGCUGUAUCGCUUUACCCCCUUUCAACGUCAUUAUAAUCGGCUAUUUAAUCUGCCUUACGAUACGACCGUACAGAGAUAACAAGAGAGAUCAUUCGAGAUAGUAAUUAUUUCCUCCGUAACUCUUUCCGUUAACAAUCGAUCCUUUAUCCUUCAAAAUUGAAUUAUGAAAGAUGAUUAACAUUUUAGCCGGAGAUGAAUAGAGAAUCGUAUUGAUACGAAAUAUAAUUAUUCGAAACUUAAUCGAUAAUAUCAAAAUAUGUAUAUAUAUAUAUAUAUAAUAUCUGAUAUA